AUGGCGGCGGAAGAUACAUGUCCCGUGCCAGGCGCCGCGUCCAACGGCGCAGCAUCCGCGCCCCCAUCAGCAUGUCCAGACACUUUAGGGGAGCCAGCUGGCGCUCGUGCGCCGUAUGAUUGCGGCGUACGCCUAAGCGCGCCGAGCAGCUUGGCGGCGCAGCAGGGCGGGCGCGUGGCGGGGGGAAACGAGGAGGCGGUGACGGCGGGGUCGGUGCACCGUGCCAUUGUGCGACACGCGCACUGCUCGCUCGCGUGCGGCGAUCGCGACAACCUGUCGCCGGGCGACGUUUACCGCGCGGCUGCGAUGAGCUUGCGAGACCACCUGAUCGCGCGGAUGGAUGCGACGGAACGCGCUUACGACGACGCGGGGUGCAAGCGGGUGUACUAUCUAUCAAUGGAGUACCUUAUAGGGCGGAUGCUGCAGCUGGCAGUCACAUGCCUCGGCCUCGAUGAGCAGUACAGCGCAGCGCUGCAGCAGCUGGGGGUGAGCAUGGAGGAGGCGGCAGAGGAGGAGCGCGACCCGGCGCUGGGCAAUGGCGGGCUGGGCCGCCUUGCUGCAUGCUUCCUUGACUCCCUCACCACUCUCAACCUCCCCGCCUGGGGCUACGGGGUGAGGUACCGCUACGGCAUGUUUGAGCAGCGGGUGGCGGCGUUGAGGCAGCAGGAGGCGCCAGACGCGUGGCUGCACCCGUGGGGGUGCCCCUGGGAGAUCCCGCGCCCCCACGUGCGCCACCCCGUGCGCUUCUUUGGCCACGUGGCGGUGCGUGUGGAGGGCACGCGCACGCGGUACCGGUGGGAGGGUGGCGAGCAGGUGGAGGCGGUGGCGAGCGACAUCCCCGUGCCGGGCUUUAAGACCGCCUCCGUCAACCGCCUCCGCCUCUGGCGCUGCGAGCCGCUUUCGGGCGGCUUCGACUUAUCCUUAUUCAACGCGGGGCGGCACGUGGAGGCGGUGGGCGGGGCGGCGAGGGCGGAGGCGAUCAGUGCGGUGCUGUACCCCGAGGACAGCAGCGAGGCGGGCAGACAGCUGCGCCUGCAGCAGGAAUACUUCUUCGUCUCCGCCACACUGCAGGACAUAAUAUCACGGCACGUGGCGGCAGGCCGACCGCUGUCAUCCCUGCCGGAGGCAGCAGCAGUGCAGCUGAACGACACGCACCCAGCUUUAGCGGUCCCCGAGGCCAUGCGCCUACUGCUGGACGAGCAUGGGCUGGAGUGGGGCGACGCCUGGCACGCCACGGUGGCGCUGCUGGCAUUCACCAACCACACCGUGCUGCCCGAGGCGCUCGAACGCUGGCCCGUGCCGCUGCUGCAGACCGUGCUGCCUCGAGUCAUGGAUCUCAUAUUUGAGAUCAACCACCGGCACCUGCAGGAGGUGGAGGCGAGGUGCAUGGGGGAGGGGCAGCGCAUGGCACGGCUGUCGAUCAUCGAGGAGAGUCACCCCAAGAUGGUGCGCAUGGCGGUGCUGGCAGCCGUUGGAUCGCACGCCAUCAACGGUGUAGCGGAGCUGCACUCCACGCUGCUGCGCACGCAGCUGUUCCCCGACUUUGUUGACCUCUUCCCCACGCGCUUCCACAACAAGACAAACGGCGUCACCCCGCGCCGCUGGCUGCUGCUCGCCAACCCGCGGCUCUCGCAGGUGAUCACGAAAUGGCUAGGCUCGGACGAGUGGGUGCGCGACCUCUCCCUCAUCCAGGGCCUGCGAGCGCACGCUAACUCGCCCGCGCUGCAUGCUGACUGGACCGCUGCCAAGGUGGCCAAUAAGGAGCGGCUCGCGGUGUAUAUUCGCAAGACGUGUGGCGUGCAGGUGGAUAGCAGUGCACUGUUUGACUGCCAUGCGAAGCGCAUCCACGAGUACAAGCGGCAGCUGCUCAACAUCCUGGGGGUCAUUCACCGCUACAACAGCAUCAAGUGCAGCAGCUUUGAGGAGAGGGCGCGCAUGGUGCCACGGGUGGUGGUCAUUGCGGGCAAGGCAGCGCCGGGCUACUUCCGGGCCAAAUGCGUCAUCCACCUCAUCAACGCGGUGGCACAGAUAGUGAACAGCGACGCGGACAUCAGCGGCUUGCUCAAAGUGGUCUUCCUGCCCAACUACAGCGUCUCGCUCGCGCAGCUGAUAGUGCCAGCGAGUGACAUAUCGCAGCACAUAUCAACGGCGGGCAUGGAGGCGUCAGGCACGAGCAACAUGAAGUUUGCGCUCAACGGGGGGCUGCUGCUCGGCACCAUGGACGGCGCCACCAUUGAGAUCGCCAGCGCCAUUGGGCGUGAGAACGUGUUUGUCUUCGGUGCGCUGGCUCACGAGACGCACUCGCUGCGCCACUCGCUGCGCUUCCGCCAGCCCAUCCACGACGACCGCCUCGUUCAGGUGGUGCGCACGAUCGAGGCGGGGGUGUUUGGGCCGGCGGACGACUUUCGUCCGCUUUUGGAGUCGCUGGGCGGCGGCAAUGAUUACUUCCUGCUCUCCCACGACUGGCCCUCCUACCUCGACGCCCAGGUGCCACCUUCCCCAGGUGCCAACCCCCCGUGCUUGCCUUCCUCCCAUCCAUGUACCAACCCCCAAUCCUUCUCCAUGCAGCACUGCCGCCAUGCGAAGUUGACCUGCUUGCCUCUUCAUGCUUCUAAGGUUGCAGCUGAUUGUCUUGUCCCUUCCAAACCGCACACUGAUCGAUACGCUCCCCUCUAUUUAUGGCUCUGCCUCUCCCCCAACCAUUUCCCCACCAUGGAUGUGCAUGUGUGUUGA